AUGUGGCCUGUCGACCGAUUACCAUGGCGUCACCAAGGAAAGGAUCUUGGCCCCUCGAAACCUACAAGGGUCUCGUUGAUCGCCGAGACGACCGUAGCCCCGAGUACUCCCAUCUUCAUCGGCGACCUUGGACCGGAAGUUAAUGAAUAUAUCCUUGUCUUCCUCUUCCAGGGCAACUUCCCGUCCUGCAAGUCUGCCAAGAUCGCGACCGACCAGCAGACCGGGCGAUCGCGCGGAUAUGCCCUGAACGUCGCUUUCUUCGCCAGCCUGGGCCCCUUCAAUAAGGAGCAGCAGCAGGUCAUCAUCGAGGAAAUGAGAGCCCAAGGAAUCGGCACUACCUGGGAGGCCUUUCGGUAA